ACCACAUGCCCAACCUAAGGACUGAAGAGUGAAGAGUCCAUGCCGAAGCUUCUUUCAAAAGUGUUCAAUUGAGGUUCUCCAGGAAGCAUCGCUGGUCACGAGAUUGGAAAUCAACAUAUAUCAUUGCGUCAAUUGUUUUUCAAAUGUCACAACUCAGUCAAUUCGUGUCUAGGAAUCCGCAAUCGUGAAAAAGAAAACGGAAAUUGAGAAGUUUACGGAUUUUACAGGAGGAAAACCGAAGGUAGGGGCUAGAGCAGGGGAAGGCAUGUCUAACGCUGUGGCGAAUGGUCUGGCGGGAGCUGGAGCUGGUAUAAUUGCUCAGAUUAUCACUUAUCCCCUCCAAACGGUGAAUACCCGUCAACAAACGGAGAGAGUCGCCAAGAAAGUGGCCCCAUCCCGCCCCGCAUCUAGCACGCUUCUUCAGAUUCUACAGGUCAUAAGAAGUGAAGGUUGGGGAGGACUAUACAGCGGCCUUAAGCCUUCCUUGUUUGGAACUGCUGCUUCACAGGGUAUUUAUUACUAUUUUUAUCAGGUUUUCAAAAACAAGGCUGAGGCCAUUGCAACUGCCAAUAGAGUCAAAGGACGUGGGGAUGGUACUGUUGGCAUCUUUGCUUGGAUUAUUGUGGCAGCUUUUGCUGGGUCCUUGAAUGUAUUGCUGACAAACCCUAUAUGGGUACUUGUGACCCGUAUGCAGACGCAUACUCAAGCAGAAAGAAAAAUUAUGGAGGCAAAGAAGGAAGCUCUAUUGAAGGAAGCUAGUGAAAGAAAUUUGAUAGGAUCUCCUAAUUUUCAAGAUGGACUUGCUAAACUUAAUGCAAUGAAACCUCUUCCUUAUGGGACACUGCAUGCGGCACAUGAAGUUUAUAAAGAAGCAGGAAUUACCGGAUUCUGGAAAGGCAUCAUCCCAACACUUAUUAUGGUGUGCAAUCCAUCCAUCCAGUUUAUGAUUUAUGAGACCUCAUUAAAGCAUCUAAGGGCAAAAUGUGCUGAGAACAAGCAGGGAUUAAAAACCGUAACUGCUUUGGAGGUUUUCUUAUUAGGGGCCUUGGCAAAACUGGGAGCAACUGUUGCAACGUACCCUUUAUUGGUUGUCAAGUCAAGGCUUCAAGCAAAGCAGGAGAUUGGUGGGAACAUCUCAUUAAGAUACUCAGGUACAUUUGAUGCAAUAGUUAAGAUGAUCCGUUAUGAAGGAUUACCAGGAUUUUACAAGGGAAUGAGCACAAAGAUAGUACAGAGUGUUUUUGCAGCUUCUGUACUUUUCAUGGUCAAGGAGGAACUAGUAAAGGCCUACUUGGUGCUAGCAGAUAAGAACCGGAAAGUUCUACAGAAAUGAUUCUCUUGCGCAUUUUAACAUUCCAGACAAGGAAGCUGUCUUGCAGCUUCUGUACAUUUCAUGGUCAAGGAGGAACUAGUAAAGGCCUACUUGGUGCUAGUAGAUAAGAGUUGGAAAGUUCUACAAGAAAUGAUUUCUCUAGCACAAAAAUGGAAGUUGUCUGAUUAUUUGCCGAUUUCUUGCAUUAAGUUUUAUCCUCCCAUAGUUUUAUCAAAUUUAUUUUGUUUGAUGAUGUUAGACAUUGUUUUGUUUUCUUGAGAAGAGUUAGGCCACGUGUGCAUUAUACAUUAUACAUUCUAAGGCAUAAUAGUUGGACGAGCUUUUAAUUGUGAG